AGACUUCUCUUUGUAUUCAAAACAAGUUUGUUGGGUCUGUGUUGUAGUAUAUGGGUUUUCUGUGAGGAAUGACGCUUGCAAGAUUCUGAGCUUUGUAAACCGUACGUUUAACUUAAAAAAUUGUUGUGGAAACUUACUGAAAGUAUUUUUAAGAAGAACCACUUUAAUUUGCCUUACUCUUUUGGUUUUUCUCAUAAAUCAGUUAAAAUUUUUGGUAGAGGUGAAAAUUACACUUUACUGAACAAGUUGAAUGAUGCUAUUCGGUCAGGUAAGCAUUAGUGACAGUAAUAUUUGAUGGGCCAAGGAACUAAAACAUAAGCAGUUCUAACUUAAGUAAAGAGAGUAAAAUAUAGCAAACUUAGCAAUGUAUAGAGUCACGGUCGGUCUGUUUGUUUGUUGAAAAAUCCGAGUGCUUAUGUAGAGACUGUAGAGUCUCUGGAGGUAACAUUAAUGUGACUUCGCAUUUUCCGGGGCGAACAUACCCUACCUUUGGCUGCACCUCGGCGCGCCCUUGCCCCCUUAAGUGAACGAAUGCUCCAGUGGGCUGCAAAGUUUGGUCUACCUUUUUAAAAAAGGCAACCGUAAUUUUUUAAGUAUAAGGCAACUUCAAUCUUCCUGAACUUUGUAUGUGGACAUGUCUUUGGAACAGGUUGCCUUUCCCUUUUGUGGAUGUCGGCUUGCAGUGGCUCCGUGUUGGCCGUGGCAGAGUGCUCGGGUCAGACCGCUAACCCCGCUAAUACGGAAAUAGCGUUUCUGCCUCCGUGUUUCCCUUCCCUUUUAAGUAGAGAUGUCAGGGUUUGAUGUCACCAAAAUUUUUACUGUGUUGUGAUGCUGAGAACAUAGUAUCAGUGAAUUGGGUAACUUAGAAAUAUUUUGCAGCUAGGAUUUUAGUGCUAUAUAUUUUCCAUACCUGAAAUCAUCGCAUUUUUAAGUCCCAGAGGAAACACUGUUUUGUUCCUUUUAGCAAAAUUUUGCAGUGGAUUUUCUGUUGCCACUUUAAAAAAUUCAGGCAAAAUGUGAACUCUAUCGAAAAAGGAGCCUGUCUUAUAAAGUGUAACUUUACCUUCAUGGCUCUGUGGAAAUACAACAUGAUUUAGGCUAAAAGCAUUGCAUUUUAAACAGUUGGUCACCGAACUGCACAUUAAAGCUGCUUCUGUCAGGUUUUCGUUGCCGUUACGUGGAGUAUUUAUUUUUUUGCCCAGACAAAAGAGUAAGCAAACAGGAUGUGAUGGGAAAACUGAAACACGACCUCCUGUUCCUUUAAGAAACCAGCUUAUCAGGGGGGGUUUUAGUGUGUGCGGCCGAACCUGCUAGCAAGGAAAAGUUCUUUAAGAUGACGGAUGUGCGCCGCCUCCAAUCACAGCGACGGGCCUGGCCAGCGGGGCGGGGCGUCCCGUCCUCGGCCAGUAGCCGCGCAGGAGGAGGAGCUUGCGGCUCAGGCUUGGUUGCGGCGGAGCACAGCUUCAAGUGAAGUUAAUCUGAGGGGAAGCAAACAGAAAAUUGUGCAGGUUUUGUGGGAAUGAAUCUGAAGUCUGCUGCAGUAAAACACUGAAGGCUUUAAAAUGUUUUCUUGCAUAAAACUCAAACUUUAAGUAGCUGCUUAUGAGGAUAGGGAAGGCAGGAAGCUAAUGUCUGUCUCAAGAUACAGGACAGCUGUUUGCCCAUCAGCUUCAACUGUGUGUGCAACAGAGGAGCAUGGCUCAAGAAACUAAUCACAGCCAAGUGCCUAUGCUUUGUUCUACUGGCUGCGGAUUUUAUGGAAACCCUCGCACAAAUGGCAUGUGUUCAGUGUGCUAUAAAGAACAUCUCCAAAGACAGAAUAGUAGUAAUGGUAGAAUCAGCCCACCUGCGGCUUCUGUCGGCACCCUGUCCGAGUCUUUCCCGGUCCAGUGCGCGGACGGCAGUGUCCCCGAUGCACAGUCAGCCCUAGACUCCACAUCUGCAUCCGUGCAGCCCAGCCCUGUAUCAAAUCAGUCGCUUUUAUCCGAAUCUGUAGCAUCUUCCCAAGUGGACAGUACGUCUGUGGACAAAGCAAUCCCUGACACGGAAGACCUGCAAGCUUCAGUAUCAGAUACGGCGCAGCAGCCAUCUGAGGAGCACAGCAAGUCUCUUGAAAAGCCAAAACAGAAAAAGAACCGCUGUUUCAUGUGCAGGAAGAAAGUAGGACUUACUGGGUUUGAAUGCCGGUGUGGACAUGUGUACUGUGGUGUACAUCGUUACUCAGACGUGCACAAUUGCUCGUACAAUUACAAAGCUGAUGCCGCGGAGAAAAUCAGAAAAGAAAACCCGGUAGUUGUCGGCGAAAAGAUCCAGAAGAUCUGAACUCCUGCUGGAAUACAAACUCCUUUGACCAUCUGCAAACUAAAAGUUGACUUGAGGUCUUUUUUCCUAGUCCUGGGGAGUGUAGAGCAGUGUGCGUGGCACAGACCUUUUAAUCAUGCAUGUCAACCAGAAGAAUAGAUUUUUGGUUUUGUUUUGAAAAUGACUCUGAACAUUUAUUUCUAUUGCAGUUUCUGUGGCUGAAAAGACUUAAGUAAACUUUACAAGUAUUAUCCUUCUAAGAUCAUUUUAAUUUUAGUUGAGCGCAGAGGGCUUUUCUAACAAACGUGGAGACCUUUCGGAGGGCUGUGAUUUUUCCAGUAUUAAACAUGCAUGCGUUGAACUUGCAGUUUAUUUUUCUCAUUGUGUGUGUAUAUAGAGCUUCUCUCUGCAGCACGAUUUCUCUUUUGAUAAUGCCCGUUAGGGCACAACUAGUUACCAGUAACUGAAUGUAUCUUAAUCAUUAUGGCUGCUUAUGUUGUUUCAUUAACAAAGGUUAUACCUGUGUUAGCAUAUAGUUUCUUUGCACCCACUAUUUAUGUCUGAAUCAUUUGUCACAGGAGAGUGUGUGCCGAUGAGAUUCUAUGUUUGUGUGUUUCUGAAUUGUUUGAGCGAGGGAAGGAACGGCUGUGUGCGUUUCAUCGCCGACCGCAGGCUUCUUUCGGUAGCGUUCACCGGUCUGGGUGUGUACACGAUACGAAGAACGAUCUGGAGUAAUCGUGCUGUGUUUAUGUUUACCCCACCUGUCUGUGAUUAAAUAAAAAGGAAAACCAUA